AUGGAAACUCAGACUCAAGAUAUCGAACGCGAGUUUUCGCGUGAUGAAAAGUCCGGGAUCAUGCAUAAUGAGCAUGCCCAGGGUGGUUUAUCUCAAGAAGAUGCUGAUUUCUUGAAUAACUUUCCCGAGGGGAGGAAGAAGGCUAUUAUUCGAAAAGUCGAUUGGCGAUUGAUUCCCAUGCUUGUUCUCCUAUAUCUUAUCGCAUACUUGGACAAGACCAACAUUGGAAAUGCAAAGAUUGAAGGCAUGACUGUUGACUUGCACCUCAAGGGCAUCGAAUACAACAUCGUCACCGCCAUCUUCUUCAUCCCCUUUGUCCUCUGCGAAGUUCCUUCCAACAUGAUCCUCCACAAGUUCAAGAGACCAUCGUGGUACAUGGGCGGCAUCGUCUUUUGCUGGGGUGUUAUCAUGACUCUCACUGCUUUGGUCCAGAACUACGCUGGACUUUUGGCCAUCCGAUUCCUACUUGGUAUUUUUGAGGCCGGUUUCCUCCCUGGUGCAAUCCUCAUCAUCUCAAACUGGUACCUCCCCAACGAGACGCAAACCCGAAUCGCAAUCCUCUACACAUCAGCUGCAACAGGCGGUGCCUUUUCCGGCCUACUAGCCUUCGCCAUCGCCAAGAUGGACGGCAUGGCAGGUCUGGAGGGCUGGCGCUGGAUCUUCCUCAUUGAAGGACUCUUCACCGUCGUCGUCGCCAUAAUGUGCGUCUUCCUCCUCUGCGACUCGCCAGCCCUCUCCACACGCUGGCUCGACGCCGAUGAGAUUCGAUAUCUUGAACUCCGACAGCUUGCCCGUCGGGCUACAGUCCCGAUGGACUACAAGGAGAACGACCACUUUAAUCUCCGUCUGUUCAAGGAUAUUCUUAUGGACUACAAGAUUUGGCUAUUGUUCUUUGCCAACUGGUCGAAUGCGGUGCCCAACUAUGCUAUGAAGUUCACUAUGCCUACUAUCCUGACAGGUAUGGGAUAUACGUCUUCUGAUGCGCAGUUGAUGACUAUCCCUCCUUAUGCUAUUGGAGCUAUUUCGGCUUAUUUGUUUGCCAUCUUUGCGGAUAAGUACUCAUGGCGCGCUCCAUUCAUCUUGGGACCUCAAUGCUGCCUUGUUGUUGCUUUUAUCAUCUUGUUUGUCAAGUCCAGCAACAUCGAGGACAACAUUGCUGUUUGUUACUUUGCCGUCUGUCUCGCAUGCUUCGGCAUGUAUCCCAUCCUUCCUGGUGUCAACGCCUGGAAUGUCGCCAACACGCCCGAUCCCGCCAAGCGAUCCGUCAACAUUGGCCUUCUCGUCUGUGUCGGCAACAUUGGCGGCCUCAUCGGCUCUUACAUCUACCUCGCGCGUGAAGCUCCCCGUUACCCGACCGGUUACGGAACUUCUCUGGCUUUUGGCUUGGCUGGCGUUGUUGCAGUUUUGUUGCUGGAGACUCUUCUGAAGAGAGGCAAUGCUAAGAAGGCGAAGAUGACUGAGGAAGAGAUCCGGCAGAGAUAUACGGAUGACGAUCUUGUUCGUAUGGGAGAGAAGAGCCCAUUGUUCAAGUAUGCUCUGUAG